AUGGUGCACUACAAACUCACCUACUUUCCUGUACGUGGAGUUGCUGAAUGCGCUAGGCAGGUAAGUUUUCAUUUGUACUAUUCUACGUUCAUAAAACCUCGUGUACAGAUUUUUGCAUUGGCUGGACAAGAGUUCGAAGAUGUUCGACUCUCUCAUGAGCAGUUUAUGCCCGUGAAACCAAAUUUGCCAUUUGGACAGAUGCCAGUGCUUGAGAUCGAUGGAGAACAGCUAGCUCAGUCAAAGGCCAUUUGCCGAUUUUUGGCCAGAAAAUUUGGUUAGUU